AUGCCAGAGCAUUCUCAGAAAAUCGUGCAACAAGAGUAUGGAUUGGGUGAUAUUAAUGAAUUUAUUCUUUUGUUGUUCUGGAAUGCAGCAGAUCAAACAGUGCUUGUUCCAACAUUGCUCAAAUGUGGUCUUGCGAAGAGAGUAGUCACUUGGCUUGCUCAGUCGAUCAAAUUGAAAGAAACGAGUCGACGACCCCUGAUCAGUAUUAUUCAUAAUAUAGCAAGACAUGAUGACGGGGCCGAUGAGCUCAACAAUCAUGGAGCUAUUGACGUUAUCAAACAAUAUCAGAAGAAUCAACUAGAAAAAGUGGAUUCGAAAAGUCUUAUUGCUUCGAUGGCUUUGGCUCUUCUUUCGACACCUGAACAACUUAAAAAUGACAAAAAAGGCAUGAAUGUUGUACUAAAUCAACUAUUACAACUAGUCAUGAACGGUGCUAAAGGUGCUCGAUACCGACAUGAUGGAUUUCAUGUUAGUGAACCAUUGGCAGUCAUGGUGAAAAUGUUCGUCGUCGAAGAACGCACUCUUGACUAUGUACUAUGUCAUGCCGAAACAGAACCUUCAUCGGAUAUGUACUCGACUAUGCAUCUAUUCAUCUCGUUACUAUUUGAUUUUAGCCAAGCAUUAAAAGGAACAGAUCGACUUGAGCAAUUUACUCUCAUUGCCAUAUUCAAUAUUCUUUGGAGUAUAUCAUUUCAACCAAACUAUGCGAAGGAAUUAAUCAAAAAUCAACAAUUAAUAGAAACAAUCAAACGUUUUAUAGAGGAGAAUUAUGAAAAAAAAAUUCUAGAACAAUACAAGCCACGUUCAAUGGAAGGAAUCAAAGAAGCAGCGCAUGGUAUUCUUCACAAUCUUAAUAUAGAUAACCAAAUCGAGACGACAUCCAAUAAGCAAAACACUAUUUUCGAUACCCUUCUAUUAAAUCCAUCGAAAGCGUAA